UUUCCUGUACUAAGCUGAUUUACUUGUUUAAGGUCUGACCUCAUCAUCCUGUCCGUAUGGAUUCCCACCUAUACAGUUAACAGCAGCUUAGCAUCGGCUUGAAGUGCUAGCAGUAUAUUAGUCAGAAAAAAAGAGGGCUACUGGUAUUUGUUCCUUUGUUGUCUUUUCUUAAGAAGAGGUGCUGAAACGCAAGAGAUAAAGAAUCCAUUUCCUUUCUAAAAGAAUAGGCUUUUGUUCUUUUUUCCUGCAAAAAUGUCAGUUUCUGGAAAGAAAGAGUUUGAUGUGAAACAGAUCCUAAGGCUACGCUGGAGGUGGUUCACUCACCCCUCUCAAGGUUCCACAGGCACUGGAGGCUGCCUUCAGGAAGGAUAUGAGCAUAGAGGGACACCGGUUCAGAAUAGGUUGAAGAGCCACUCUCGGGACAGAAAUGGGCUAAAGAAAAACAACAGUCCUGUUCACCACAACAUACUGGCACCAGUGCCAGGUCCAACCCCUGUGCACCACCGAUCUGUUCAAACCUGGCAUCAACAAAACCUCAUAGAACAGCUGCGAGCAAAUGAGGAUAUCCCCAAAGCAAGCACAGAGGAAAAUUGUGUUAAAGAAGAUUCAAGCAAAAAUAUACAGGAGUUGCAGAUGAUCACAGACGAAAAUACAGAUGAAUCCACUGAGAGAUUAUCAAUAACUAGCUAUUCAUCCACUGGAAUGAACACCAAUGGCUCAGAUGAAUACUUCCAAUCCACAAAUCAUGCAGAGCAGACAUUCCGCAAGAUGGAGAACUAUCUCCAACAGAAGCAACUGUGUGAUGUUCUGCUCAUUGCUGGAAAUCACAAGAUUCCAGCUCACAGAUUGGUUCUUAGUGCUGUAUCUGAUUAUUUCGCUGCAAUGUUUACUAAUGAUGUGCGUGAAGCGAAAGAAGAGGAGAUCAAAAUGGAAGGAGUGGACCCAGAUGCACUGAAAGCUUUGGUGCACUAUGCCUAUACAGGUGUUUUAGAGUUAAAGGAAGACACUAUAGAAAGUUUGCUGGCUGCAGCUUGUCUUCUCCAGCUAUCUCAAGUCAUUGAAGUGUGUUGCAACUUUCUUAUGAAACAGCUCCAUCCUUCAAACUGCUUAGGGAUUCGAUCCUUUGGAGACGCGCAGGGUUGCAUGGAACUCUUGAAAGUGGCGCAUCUGUACACUAUGGAACACUUCACAGAAGUGAUAAAGAAUCAGGAAUUUCUUUUGCUUCCUGCUAGUGAAAUAGCAAAACUCCUGUCUAGUGAUGACAUCAAUGUACCAGAUGAAGAAGCCAUAUUCCAGGCUUUAAUGAUGUGGGUGAGACAUGAUUUGCAAAGCAGGCAACGAGACUUAGGAAUGCUCCUCUCUUAUAUUAGACUGCCACUACUCCCACCACAGUUGCUAGCAGAUCUUGAAAAUAGCCCAAUGUUCACGCAUGACCUUGAGUGUCAGAAACUUCUUAUGGAAGCUAUGAAGUAUCAUCUCCUACCGGAAAGAAGGUCCAUGAUGCAGAGUCCUCGAACUAAACCUAGGAAGUCUACAGUGGGUGCACUUUAUGCUGUGGGAGGCAUGGAUGCUACUAAAGGCACCACUACAAUUGAGAAAUAUGACCUUAGGACAAACAGUUGGAUACAAAUUGGUACCAUGAAUGGUAGACGAUUGCAGUUUGGAGUAGCAGUAAUUGACAACAAGCUCUAUAUUGUGGGAGGAAGAGAUGGCCUGAAAACCUCUAAUACAGUUGAAUGUUUCAAUCCAGCUACCAAAGUUUGGACUAUAAUGCCUGCUAUGUCAACUCACAGACAUGGCUUAGGCGUAGCAAUGCUUGAAGGACCAAUGUAUGCUGUUGGCGGUCAUGAUGGAUGGAGUUAUCUUAAUACAGUAGAAAGAUGGGACCCCCAGGCACGGCAAUGGAAUUAUGUUGCUAGUAUGUCAACUCCUAGAAGCACAGUGGGGGUUGCAGCAUUAAAUAGCAAAUUAUAUGCAGUUGGUGGACGGGACGGCAGCUCCUGCUUAAAAUCCAUGGAAUGCUUUGAUCCUCAUACUAACAAAUGGAGUAUGUGUGCUGCAAUGUCUAAGAGGCGAGGCGGUGUUGGUGUUGCAACGUACAAUGGAUUUUUAUAUGCAGUGGGAGGUCAUGACGCACCAGCUUCCAACCACUGUUCUAGACUUUCUGAUUGUGUGGAAAGAUAUGAUCCUAAAACUGACACCUGGACAACAGUGGCACCUUUAAGUGUACCACGUGAUGCUGUUGGCGUUUGUCCUCUUGGGGACAGAUUAUAUGCAAUAGGAGGCUAUGAUGGACACAGUUACCUGGACACUGUGGAGUCAUAUGAUGCACAAAAUAAUGAAUGGACAGAGGAAGUCCCUGUCAAUAUUGGAAGAGCUGGAGCCUGUGUUGUUGUGGUGAAAUUGCCAUGAUGGAUGUCCCUGGUGUGAAAUAAACCCUGAGUACAGUUCCAUAAAAACCAUGUGACAGGAGGAGAAGAAACAAGUUCCAGAACAUAAUACAAACUACAUACCGUAUAUACUCAUUCAUAAUCCAAAUAUUUCUGGUAAAAAAGGGACUCAUCAAGGAG